AAACAGCACAUACCCUUAUCUGUGUCGAGUUUAUUCAGUUAAUGCUGUACUCUUGUUUGUACAGUAGGUGGCGACGUGUACCUUUAAUGUUGGUUUACAAUCCACAUAAACACAAAGAAGAAGAAGAAUGACAGCGGACUAACGUUACAUUCACAUUGCUAACUGUUACAUCCCUGAUGUAGUCUUGUGAAGAUGAGAUUAAAUGUGUUGUUUAGCGAGGAUCAUACACCAUCAGAGUCAUACAGAGCUGGGCGGAUGUGCUUUAAAGAGACUCCCGCCCGCAGCUCAAUGGAACGGUCCGCUGCGCUCUCCCUUUAGCUAGCUAGCUAGGUUGCUAGCUCAGUGAGUAACGUUACCAUCCUCUCGGGAUUACAGUCACAUACCCUCAGGUUGUCUCUCCAGGACAACAGGAAUCAACUGAGGACAGCUUCAUUGAGACCAAAAGUCCUCAAUGGCUUCCUCAGAGGUCAGCAUGCAGGAAAUGAGCGAGGUGGUGAUCGUCACCAUACCAGAAGCAACAGGCGAGGACCUGCCCCCCAUGGUGGAGGAGGACAAAGCAGUGCUGGUUACUGCAGAGCUGACCCCUCAGCCGGGGGAGGACAUCCUCACAGUAGCACCAGUGGAAGCAGAAGCUGAGGUCAGCACAACAGAUUCACUGUCAAAGGAAGAGGCAGUCAUUGAUGAGACUCGAUGGCUGUAUGAGGGUGUGUCGGUCUGUGUCUCUGCAGUGAAGUUAACUGAGGAGGUGGACGUGGAGGCUGAUGUCUUCUACCCAAUCACCUGUGGAGAUGCCAAAGCCACGCUGGUCUGGAAGAAAUUUGUCUGCCCUGGGAUUAAUGUAAAAUGUGUGCAGUUCAAUGAGCAGCUCAUCAGCCCGAAGGAGUUUGUGUGUUUAGCGGGGAAAUCCACUCUGAAGGACUGGAAGAGAGCCAUCCGCCUCAACGGCACCAUGCUCAGGAAGAUCAUGGACUCAGGUGAACUGGACUUCUACCAGCACACUAAGGUCUGCUCCAACACGUGCCGCAGCACUAAGAUAGACCUGGUGGGAUCCAAAGUGUCCGUCGGCAGCGAUCAGUCUGCUGAACUAGUUCCUGCCACCCCCUCGUCAGCAGAUUUGAACGGAGCAGCAGCCUCAUUUCCAGAGGUGACGGAGGAAACAUCAGAGUGGGUCACAGCCAUCGGAGAGGACUCUGUGGCUUUCUGGCGUACAGUGAAGGAGGCAGGGCUGUUGGAGGAGGUGGUGGAGGACUUUCAGAAAGAGCUGCAGGAGGUGCUGAACGGGCUGCAGGAGAGAGUGUGUGACCCACCACUACAGGUCAAAGAUGCUGUUUUGCUCAACAAUAUCGUGCAGAACUUUGGGAUGUUGGACCUAGUGAAGAAGGUUCUGGCCAGCCAUAAGAGCCAGAUGGACCGUUACAGAGAGCAGUACACUCGCAGCCUGGCCGCUCUGGAGCAGCAGUGUGACGAGCACAGGAAGCGAGCCAAGGAGCUGAAGAGCAAAUCCCAGCACCUCAACAACGUCCUGAUGACCCUCACCCCAGUCCCUGCGCCCCCCGCGCCCAAGCGACCACGGCUGACCCGUGCCGUCUCUGGCCCGGCCUCAGUCAACGCUGCUCCCACCCAGAUCACUGUGCCUCUCAACCAGCUGACCAGCCUUCAGCUGGGCAAGGUGCUGACCAUGGCAGGAGCCCAGGGCGGGGCCAACCUGGGCGGGUACACCCUCCUGACCUCCUCGCUCUCCGGGUCGGAGCUGGGGGCGACGCCCUCUAACCUGACCGUGCUGUCGGCGGCGGCGGGUCAGGUGGUCGGCCCUCAGUACCAGCUGGUGACGCUGCCGGCCGCGCUGCAGAGCUUGGCCGCCACGCAAGGCGCCACCGUCCAACAGCAGGUCGGCACCAUCAGUGUGGUGGAAGCCACGGCAACGGCUGUGGAUGAUUCACAAGAGGAAGGCCAGGCGGAUGGCGAGGAUGAAGGUCAGCCAGAGCAGCUUAAAGAGGGCGAUGGGGAGCAGCCGGCCAAUCAGCAGUGAGACAAAGGACAGCUGUUCUCUCCCCUCGCCCAGCUCAUAAUUGCCUUCACUCCAUCAUUACGGGCCCUGGUGGGACGUGCAGUUCCUGUGAUGGCUGAGGGCUCGUCCACAUUUAGACUUUCACAGACCAUUCAUGCCCUGUGUUCAGUUGUCAUUCGAGCCUUCCUUAUAGACGUCCUUCAGAUUUCAAGAUACCCACAUUUAUAUUAGAGUGGCAUCUGGUGUCAGGAGUGUGUACUUCAGUAGGGCUUUCACUGUAAAUAUGUUUUUGUAACUAAUAUAUUUGAUACAGCUGUUUGUGUAGGGAUUUAUUCCAUGUAGGCUGGAGGAGAGGAGAAUUGUUCAGUUUGGUAAUAAAUGCUCAGUUUUCAAGAACAAAUUGUGCAUCAUUACAUGUAAAUGUCUUCAUCAGUGUGUAACUGAGACUGUGAACUUGUGUGUUUUAAGUUUUAACGAGUGUCGAGGAGGAUCUGUUGUCAGAAAUAGAAUGUAAUAUUCAUAGGUAUGUUUUCAUUAGUGUAUAAUCACCUGAAUAUAAGAAUUGUUGUAUUUUGGUUACCUUAGAAUGAUCUGUUUUUAAAAGAGGGAGAGAGUCCUCUUCUACAGAGUCCGCUAUUUUGAACCACCAUGUUUCUACGGUAGCCCAGAAUGGACCAACCAAGCACUGGCCGUAGAUAUUGUAUAUUGUUUUUUGAGCGUUACAUGGCCACUGGUUUUUUGUCCUCAGCCUUGUAAGAAGAAGGAAGGGAGGAGAAAAGGAUUUUAAAUUUGUAUACUUAGUAGCUUUUCCCUGAACCUUCAACCACAUGUGUGUCAGCUGUCAUCACGUGACAGUUAUUGACUUAAUAGAUAAUUUUUUUAUUUUGUUGCGUAAUUUGUAUAGUGACAGUGGAGAGAGACAGUGAAGGCGGGGAGAGAAAUGGGAUGACUUGCAGGAAAAGGGCCCGGGGCCUAAAUUUGUUCGAACCCAGCCUAGGGACUCAACCUUCAUAUGUGGUACAUAUGGCUUUCUUAUGGCUAACUAAAUUUCAAAUUCAUGAAGAUAAUAAAAAAGAGGACAAUAAAGUA